GAUGACUUCUGUCUCAGGCUAACCAAAAAGGUCAUGGGAGCUGAGAGAGUCCCCCAGAGCCAGCCAUGCACCUGGCGCCUGCUUGCCGUGGUCCCCAUUCUCCUUGGCCUGCUGGCCUCCCUCGAGUGGAAGACUGUCCACGGCCAGGACCCCUUUGAGAGGUGCAUGCACGACUCAGACUAUGAGCAGCUGCUCAAAGUUGUGACCUUGGGCCUCAACCGGACCCUAAAGCCCCAGAAGGUGAUUGUGGUUGGUGCUGGUGUGGCCGGACUGGUGGCUGCCAAGGUGCUCAGCGAUGCAGGACACAAGGUCACCAUCCUGGAGGCAGACAACAGGAUUGGGGGCCGCAUCCUCACCAACCGGGACGAGAAGACGGGCUGGAUUGCGGAGCUGGGAGCCAUGCGCAUGCCCAUCUCGCACAGGAUCCUCCACGAGCUCUGCAAGAGCCUGGGACUCAACCUGACCAAAUUCACCCAGUAUGACGAGAACGCAUGGACCCAGGUGGGCGACACAAAGCUGCGGAACUACGUGGUGGAGAAGAUGCCGGAGAAGCUGGGCUACGAACUGAGUCCCCAGGAGAAGGGCCACGCGCCUGAGGAGAUCUACCAAAUGGCUCUCAACAAGGCCCGUGAAGAUCUCAAGUCACUGGGCUGCCAAAAGGCCAUGAAGAAGUUUGACAGGCACACACUCCUGGAAUACCUCCUCAGGGAGGGGAACCUGAGCCAGCCGGCUGUGCAGCUCUUGGGAGACGUGUUGUCCAAGGAUGGCUUCUUCCAUCUCAGCUUUGCGGAGGCCCUGCGGGCCCACAAUAGCGUCAGCGAUCGCCUCCGGUUCAGCCGCAUCGUGGGCGGCUGGGACCUGCUGCCGCGCGCGCUGCUGAGCUCGCUGUCGGUGCCUAUGCAGCUGCGCACUCCCGUCGGGGGCAUAACGCAGGAGGUGCGCGAGGUGCGGGUGCACAUAGGGACCUCGCAUCGGACCCGGAACGCGAAGACCAUGUCCGCUGACGUGGUGCUGCUGACUGCGAGCGGGCCGGCGCUGCAGCGCAUGAAGUUCUCGCCCCCGCUGCCCCGCCAGUGGCAGGAGGCACUGCACGAGCUGCACUACGUACCAGCCACCAAGGUGUUCCUGAGCUUCCGCCGGCCCUUCUGGCACGACGAGCACAUCCAGGGCGGCCACUCGACCACGGACCGCCCCUCGCGCGUGAUCCUCUACUCGCCGCCGGGGGAGGGCGCGCUGCUGCUGGCCUCGUACACAUGGUCCGAUGCGUCGGCCUCGUUCGCGGGCCUGAGCACUGAAGACUCGCUGCAGUUGGCACUGGAUGAUGUGGCCACGCUGCACGGGCCCAUAGUGUACCGGCUCUGGGAUGGCAGCGGCCUCGUGAAGCGCUGGGGGGAGGAUCCGCACAGCCAGGGCGGCUUCGUGGUGCAGCCACCUACGCUCUGGCAAGACAAGGAUGGCCGGCAGGAAUUCAGCUGGGCGGAACCCUUUGAUCGCAUCUACUUUGCUGGGGAGCACACUGCCUUCCCACAUGGCUGGGUGGAGACGGCGGUCAAGUCAGCGCUGCGGGCCGCCGUGCGGAUCAAUGACCAGAGCCACAGCCAGAUCAACAACCGGGAUAAAGCUCUGCACCCGGUGGAGCCCAAUGAGGUGUCGGAGGCACCUGUGGACUGCCAGCCCCAGUGCAAGUCUGUAAAGGGGGAGACCACCUGCAUCCCAACCGUACCCAUGCCAAGCACUCCAGGGGCGACCAGCCAGACGACUGAGUAUUAA